AUGGCGGCCUGGAAUUUUCGUUCCCUUUUAGACACUCUGAGGAGCAACCGACCGGAACGGAGGACGGCGCUAGUGGCACGAGAACUGGCGCGAUACAAGGUGGACAUCGCCGCACUCAGCGAGACUCGAUUCUCCGAACAAAGCCAACUGGAGGAGGUGGGUGCCGACUACACCUUUUUCUGGAGUAGUCGACCCAGGGCAGAGCGACGAGACGCGGGUGUCGCCUUCGCCAUCCGGAACGAUAUCGUGGGACGUCUGCCCAGUCUGCCGCAGGGCACCAACGACCGCUUGCUUCUUCCGGGAGGCAAAUUCGCCAUCAUCGUCAGUGUCUACGCCCUCACCCCUGAUGACCAGCCCCGACGCCGUCAAAGACAAAUUAUACGAGGACCUGCACGCCCUCUUGACGACUGCGUCGAGGGCGGACAAGUUGAUUGUCCUUGGUGACUUCAACGCCCGCGUUGGCACAGAUCAUACUGCCUGGCGAGGAGUACUAGGUCUCCAUGGCGCCAGCGACAAUGGGCGGCUUCUCAUAGGAACUUGCGCAGAACACCGGCUUACCCUGACCAACAUCUACUUCCGCCUACCGAUUCGAGAAAAGGUCACUUGGAUGCAUCCUCGGUCGCGACACUGGCGCCUGCUGGUCAAUAUUCUCAUCCGAAGGCGAGACUGGCUGGACGUGCUGGUGACAAAGGUGAUUCCGGGUGCCAACGAGUAGACCAACCAUCGCCUUUUCAUCUCGAAGACGAGGACUCGCCUACGGCUUCACAGGAGACCUCACAGUAAGCUGAAUAUUGUUCUGUUGUCUUUGCCUGCCAACCAUAUCUAAUUCGUCAAUGACCUUGCUCAACGUCUAGUCGGCCUUUCAGUCGGCGUCGUGGUCGCUGACGAGAAUGCCUCCAUAGAGAACCGAUGGUGUAAAUUGCGGGACACAGUCCAGUCGACGGCCCUAGUUGUCCUCGGUUACCUACGACGCCAACAGCAGGACUGGUUUGACGAUGACGCCGCCGUCAGCAACCUGUUCGCCAAGAAGAACCGUCUGCACAAAGUUUAUGUCACCCGCCCUGCCGACGACAACAAAGCAGCCCUCUAUCAUAGUAGCCGGAUUGUGCAACAGCGGCUCCGCGAGAUGCAGGACUCUUGGACGGCUCACAAGGCCGGGGAGAUCCGAGAUUACGUGAAUCGCAACGAAUUGGAGAAUUUCGUUUCCUCGAUCAAGGCUGUCUGCGGUCCGCAAGCCAAAGAUACUGCACCUCUUUUCAGCGCCGACGGCAGUGCCUUACUACCUGAGAAGACACUAAUUCGUCAGCGAUGGGUCGAGCACUUCAGAAGCGUCCUAAAACGGCGCUAA